CCAACAACAAUAACAACGACGACCAGAUCGGUUAUUCAACUUUUGAAUUGAAACAAAAACAUUUUCGUUCCACCAUUCACAGUGAACAAAAACAAAUCGAAAAGGAAAAAUGUUGGCAAAUCAUCUAUUACUUUUCGCCAUAUUGCUUCCAGCGAUUGUAACAUGUUUCUUCACUCAUCAAUCACCAUCAUCCUCGUCUGGUGUUCGAUUGAAUCGAAUCCUAUUACGACGUACUUCACGUACAGCUAUACCCAUGCACAUUAGUACAAAACCUCGACAACGAACUUCGCGUUAUAUUCAAGAACAACAACAACAAGAAUUAUCUCAGGAUGUUCAACAACAACAGCCACAGCAACAACAACAAGAACUCAUUCCCGAUGAUCAAGAUCUGGAAACGGAACUGGAAUUUCUCAUGAAUGCUUUUCAACAGCAUCAACAACAACAUCAACAAGAAGAACAAGAGCAGCAACAGCAGCAGCAACAACAAGAACAACAACAGCAAAAAAUGAUGAAUGCUAAUGGCAAUGGCGGUGGUUCAGUUCCAGUUCCGGCAAUGUAUACAACAUUACCCUAUGGUGGUUAUUCACCAGCCUCUGGAUCAUCAGCUCCACCAACUUCAACACCUCGAACUGUACAGCAAAAAGAGGAGGAUUUACCACCACGACGUUCACCACCGGCUGGUUUGGCUGCUGCUGGCGUUGAAAUAGAUUUAUCGAAAAAAUUCAUGACACAAAUGCGGGAAGCUGAUCAAUCAUAUGGUGCUGGUCAAAAUCUUGGUGGAUAUAGUCCCAAAGGGCAUAAUGGAGGAAAUAAUGGUGAUAAUGUCGAUUAUGAUUAUGGUUUUGACAACAGCAUCGAUAUGAUGAUGGAAAUGAUGAAAAACACGAUCCGAGGUGAACCGGGUAAAGAUUAUCCCAUUCUAUCGGAUAUUCCUAUUACCCAGUUCAAAUGCUCGGAUCAUCAAUUGCCUGGCUACUAUGCUGAUGUGGAGACACAAUGUCAAGUUUUUCACAUCUGUCAGGAGGAUGGCCGUCAUGAUGCAUUCUUAUGUCCGAACGGUACGAUAUUUUCGCAACGUCAUUUUGUAUGCGUAUGGUGGUAUGAAUUCGACUGCAUGGAUUCACCAGCUUUCUAUGGAUUGAAUGCCGAACUCUAUAAAGAAGUCGAAGCAAUCGUCGAAUCAAUGCCAAACGGUCCUGCUGAUGACGCUGAUGGAUUUGCCGCCAUUGAUAAUGCUGGUGGCGGUAGUGUGCCAAGCUAUGGCCAAUCACCAAAACAAUCAAUGUAUCCACAACAGCCACAACAACAACUGAUGGCUCCACCAAUGACCACAACAUCGCCCAUGUAUUAUUCAAAUAAUGGUCAGCAACAACAACGAUCCAAACCAUCCUCUAUUCCAAGUUAUGGAUAUAGUAAUGGUAAAAGUAAUAAGAAUAAUAAUGGCAAACUGACAUCAAGAUAUGAACCAACUUAUGGGGGCAGUAGUUCGUCAACACCUAGUCCGAUUGGUCAGGAAGUCUAUGAAACGACUCCAUAUAAUUUGGAUGCUGCCUUGGGGGAAGAAAUUCAUUCGGAAACCCCAUUAAUCGAAUCAUUACCACUAACAACAAUAUUACCGCAUGUUGAAAAAGUUGUUGAUAUGGCCAUUGCUAGCCGUAAAACAGCCCCAACAUCCAAAUCGACCUAUGGUUUUGGAACCAAAAAAUCAAAUGGGGGUUCAAGACCUUCAUAUGGUGGUACAAAAGGUAAAAGUAAUAAAAACGGAGGCGGUAGUCUACCAUCAACGACGUACGGAAUGGCGAACGGAAGUGCAUUGCCAUCGCCACCAACACCGACACCAACAUCAUCACCAUCGCCACCAUUAUCGCCAGCAUCAACAGUGGCAGCGCGCAAGAAUGGAUUCAAACCACAUCAAUAUCAGCCAUCCUAUGGAACAAAAAUCUAAUCUGUUUUUCCUCCCAAAUCAAAAUCAAUGAAUCGGUGAUGCACAUCACAAAUUGUUUUUGAUCUUUCCCAAACUAAAAUUUUUGUCUCAUUGU